AUGAGAUGGAGAAGGAUUAACACUCAACCGUCCAGCCACCAACCCAACACCAACAGCACCGAAAACCCAUCCGAAACCAAGCCUAUCGCCACCAUAGCACUUCCCUACAUCGGCAAGACUUCACACCGACUACAACGCAUCCUUCACUCUGCCAACAUCCUCGUCAGACACCAAUCCUCUCGCAAGCUACACUCCAUCCUGCACUCUCAUAAGGACAAGCACCCAUCCAACAAGCAACCAGGCGUCUACAAGAUCCCAUGCGACUGUGGCAAAGUCUACAUUGGAGAAACCGGCCGAGACUUCGACACCAUACUCAAGGAACACAAGACCCACCACCGACGCAGCGACUGGGACCGAUCUGCCAUCGUCAAACACGCACAACAGGAAAAUCACAGCAUAGACUGGGACAAGAGCCACCUAAUCACCAACGUCCGGCACUGGAAUACCAGAAGGGUCAGGGAAGCCAUUGAGAUACAUCAACACAACACCGUGCCUCAAGACCCUGGUCUCCACAUCAACACCAUCUGGCACCCAAUCCUACGUCACCACCCAACUUCCAACCAAUCCACAACCAACUCCACAAGCAACUCGCCGUCCACCGUCACCCUACCAAGCCCUCCUACCCAACACAGCAGUCUGAUCGAAUCACCAACUCAACCAGCAACUUCGCCGACGCACACGCCACCGACACCGACGCCUCGCUACAACCUCCGCCGACGACCCAACACCUCAUCCGUACACCAGGCCACCCACUCAAUCCCGCCGAAGCCUACCCGACGAGUCCGCCGACCAACACGCACGGAACGCCACCACUGA